GAUAGAUGUAACCACUGUGAUGUCACACACAUUUUGGUUUGUGUUACAUGCCAAGAGAUGUGGCUUUGCUUUUGUGCUCUAUUUGUCUUUCAGGUGUCAAGCCUCCACCUAUUGGCCAGUUCGAAGUUGAUUGGCAUGUGUCCAUUGGCUGGUCUGGGCCCAGUUGGCCAAUCACACUCCAAGGAUCACUACAAAUGAGCAGCUCCCUGGCCAGCUGGUGGCUGCUGGCUUCUGCUUUGUAACAAACAUUUGUGUGAAGGCUUCUUUGUAUGGUGUGUGUGUGGUGGGAGGCUGGACAGGUAAGCUGGGGUACCCUAUACACUGGUUGCAGGUUUUAAACUGUUAGACACACUAGGUUAUGCGGUUGAUGCCACUUUUGUAUGUUUUCACUGACUUUUUGUCGAGCAGCUAGGUAGGCCUUUUGUUUUGCAUUUUUGUUUUAGUUAGGCCCUGGAAGCUAUCGACCUGUUUUUGUUUUAUUACUUUCUUUGAUUUGGCUCAACCGCCCAGUCCUCCUCCCCCCACCUGUUUCUGUUGUUAAGUUGACUGUCAAGGCAAGCAACCAAUAAAUCCUGCCUGAUUCUUGACUGUCCUGUUGUCCUCCUCCUUCAUUGAUUGUGGUUGUCCGGUGUUGCUGUCUCCUUCCUACCUUUGCCUCCACCAUGGUGGGGGGGACGUAACACAAGUGGGGGCUCGUCCGGGAUCUGUUUAUGCUGUGGACAACCUAAAUUAAUGAAAGUGUGUUGUGGUUUUAGGGUGGCAACGUUUCGUGGUUGCAGUCUAAGAUGAGUUUUGACCUGCUUGAUUUUGUUAAUCAACCUAGCGUUGAAAAAAUUGACUUGUGUCGCAAAGACGACUUGUUAAGUGUUGCUGCCCAGUAUAAACUUUCCGUACCAAAAUAUGGAGCGAAGAAGGAUAUUAAGCAGGCUUUGUUGGAGGGGUUAGUCGAGUUGGGUAUCUUAAGUAGCCCUGCUAUAACUGAGGUACCUUCUCAAGACCCCUUAGCUUCCCCUGGAGCCUCUGCUAAUCCAGCUUCUCCAGAGAGAACUGAAGAGCAAGCUCUACUUGCUACACCUCCGGGUGCCCAAGUUAAGUCAGAUGCGGCUCCCCAAACUCUGCCUCGCUUUAAGCCUUUCUCUCCAGAAUCCCAGACAACUAGCAGUGAUGCAAAGCUUAAGGUUCGUUUAUUACGUUUACAGUUGGAGGCACAGGAGAAGGAUAAGGUGCGUAAAGCAGAUUAUGAUCUUCGGCUGGAGAUCCGUAGGCUUGAGAUAGAAGCUGAAAAAGAAAUCAGGUUAAAGCAGCUUGAAGUAGAAGCACUGAAGAUGUCCUCAGAGGAGAAAACACAUGCCACUAAAGAAAUCCCAAAAGUCUCCCCGGAAAGUUUUAAUGUUAACAAACAUAUUGCUCUAGUACCUACCUCUCAUGAGACUGAGGUAGAUUCAUAUUUCAACGCUUUUGAAAAGGUGGCUACUGCUCUGAAAUGGCCAAGAGACAUGUGGCCUAUUUUACUUCAGUGUAAAUUAGUGGGCAAAGCUCAGGAGGUAGCUUCACUUUCGCUAGAGCAGAGCAUGAAAUAUGAAGUGUUGAAGGAAACAAUUGUACGUGCCUAUGAACUGGUACCUGAGGCCUACAGGCAGAAAUUUAGGAACCACAAGAAGUCCAGCAGUCAAACAUAUGUUGAGUUUGCACAUGAAAAAGGGGCUCUUUUUGAUAAGUGGUGUACUGCUAACGGAGUUGGUGAUGAUUAUGAGUCUCUGCGCGAGUUAAUGCUACUUGAGGAUUUUAAAAAUUCAUUACCUGAGAGAGUCAUAAUGUUCUUAAAUGAACAGAAGGUGACGUCAAUGUCAAAAGCAGCUGUGUUGGCCGAUGAAUUUGUGUUAACACAUAAGAAUGUUUUUUCACCCAUUUCCCAUCCAGAUAGGCCCACAGCCUUUCGCUCUGCACAGCUUGAGUCUAGUCGCUCUGCUGCGAGGCCAGUGAGACUACCUUCCCUUCCCCAUGUCAACAGGAUGCCAAGAAGAAAAAGCUGGCUUACUUCUCAGAUGAAGGUCUACUGAUGCGCAGAUGGAUGAGUGAGGUCUCAGAAGAUGCAGACUGGUCUGCAGUUUAUCAGGUGGUUGUACCUACUGCCUAUCGUACCCAGGUAUUGUCCUUAGCACAUGACCAUCCAUGGUCAGGACAUUUGGGGGUUAACAAGACAUACAGCAGAAUUCUGAAACAUUUCUUCUGGCCAGGACUGAAAUCUGAUGUUGUUCAAUACUGCCGUACAUGCCAUGUAUGCCAAAUGACUGGCAAGCCAAACCAAAUAAUCCCACCAGCUCCUCUGUCCUAUCCCAGUAGUAGAGGAGCCAUUUCAAAAAGUGAUUGUUGACUGUGUGGGGCCUUGACCUAAAUCUAAAACUGGAAACCAGUUUCUGUUGACGGUCAUGUGCGUUUCAACUAGGUUUCCUGAGGCAAUCCCACUACGGAGGAUUACAGCUCAGAUUGUUGUCAAAGCGCUGAGAUUCUUUUCUACCUUUGGUCUGCCUAAGGUUGUGCAAACAGACCAAGGCACUAACUUUAAGUCUAGAGUAUUUGCCCAAGCCCUGAAAACAUUAGGCAUUGAACACACAACCUCAAGUUCUUACCAUCCUGAGAGUCAGGGGGCGCUAGAGAGGCUUCAUCAGACUUUGAAGUCCAUGUUAAGGAAACACUGUUAUAGUUCUCAACGGGACUGGGAUGAAAGUGUUCCUCUUGUUUUAUUUGCCUGUCGUGAAGCAACCCAAGAGUCUCUGGGGUUUAGUCCCGGGGAACUUGUGUUUGGGCGUGAGAUGAGGGGGUCCUUUAAAGGUUUUUAAAGAGAGGCUGGCUAAUCCGGUGGACAACACCAAAAGCCUUCCUGACUAUGUCAAAACACUAAACGACAGGUUAAAGAGGUCCUAUUCCUUAGGAAGGAAUGCACUAGCCACUUCACAAGCGAAAAUGAAGAGACACUUUGACCAGCGGGCUGUCGACAGUUCAUUCCAGCCAGGUGACAGAGUGCUCCUUCUCCUUCCGGUGCCCGGCUCCUCUCUUUCCGUUAAAUUCUCUGGUCCUUAUGUUGUAGAGA